AAAUUUAGUAAAGGGCAAAAUCGACAAUUUACUAUUCCUAAGGAACAGAUGACAAAGACCAGGAGCCUAUCCACCUAAUCCUCCCUCCUUCAGACAUUACAGAUUAACAGGCGCUCCUACGACCUAACCUCGUAUCCAACAAUGCUAUGUGUGGACUAAACUACCCUUCCAUCUAUCCAACAAUGCUAUGACAGUGGACCCUCCAGAUAAAUAAAGGAUGACAUGCCACCACCAACCAAAGACCAAACAGUAUGUCAUAUGAUAUUCGCCAUCUCCAAUGCAAAAAGUCUUCCCACCCACUCUCAUCCAGGAAAAGCCAAACAAACAACAGCCAACAAUGAAUGGGAAUUGAAUUGCUUUGGUUCUAUCAUCCAUACAACAAAGGAAACCACCAAAGGCCAGAGAAGGAAACUAUACACAUAUGGCUUCCCGGUCCCAAUCCAAGCCAUCAUCAGCACCACCACCACCACCACCAUCACCAUCACCGCGGUCAAAGACAGAGGCAUUGGAUGUUUCCCUUCAUGAAAUUGGGUUCGAGAUUGAAGAGGUAACCCCAAAAAAGGUCUCCGGUCACCUCCAUGUCACCCAAAAGUGCUGUCAGCCUUUCAAGGUGUUGCAUGGAGGGGUAUCAGCUCUCAUAGCUGAGUCUCUGGCUAGCAUAGGAGCCCACCUGGCCUCUGGUUUUCAAAGGGUGGCUGGGAUUCACCUCAGCAUCAACCAUUUGAAGCGUGCUGAGCUUGGUGACCAUAUCUUUGCUGAAGCCACGCCUGUCAAUCUUGGCAAAACCAUUCAGGUUUGGGAGGUGAGACUGUGGAAGAUUAAUCCUUCAAACUCAGACAUCAAAUCCUUAGUAUCAUCAUCAAGAGUUACUCUUUUAUGCAACAUGCCUGUGCCAGAGCAUGCAAAAGAUGCCGGUGAUGCUAUAAAGAAGUAUGCCAAAUUAUAAGUUCUGUUGUAUCCUAUUCAUGUUCAACUCUUUUUGUUAUUGAACCAAUGGAGAAAUUAAAGACACUUUGAUUUUAGCAUUAUAACUAGCAAUGGUGCCCACACGAUGCUGCGGGUUUUGAAAUUGUAAGGAAAAGUUUAUAAAGUAGUGAAAAUAUGCAAGGAAGAUGAUACCAUUUAUAUAA